UCUUUUUUCUCAGUUCCUCAUCCCCCAACUAAAAAAAUUAAAUAUACACACUAGUUUAACAAUGUCCUUCCGUGUUCUCACAAAAUCGUUCGUCUCACAGCGUCUCACGCCCAGCCUCCUGCUCCGCACCUUUGCAACAAAGAAAUACACACCCUCCCAUGAGUGGAUCUCCAUCGACAAGAACAUCGGUACCGUGGGGAUCACUGAGUACGCGCAGAACUCCUUGGGCGACGUCGUCUAUGUGGAGGUCCCUGAGGAGGGAACCGAGGUAGAGCUCGGUGAUGUUGUGGGAGCUGUAGAGUCGGUCAAAUCUGCUAGCGACAUUUACUCGCCGUUGACAGGCGAGAUUGUGGAGGCUAACCAGGCGGUUACGGAGAAGACUAAGCUUAUUAAUUCAGCGCCGGAGACUGACGGUUGGCUGUUCAAGGUCAAGUUCACCAAUCAGGAGGAGGUCGACAAUUUGUUGGAUGAGGCCGCUUAUAAGAAGCUGACUGAGGCUGACCACUAGUUUUUUUCUGCUCGUUUUUAAAAAAGAAAUGGCACAGUAAAAUUAUUAUUAUUUUUACCCUUUGGUUCCUUAUCGUAGGAAAAAAACAACGCGUCCGCAUGACGGUUCAUGCUUUUUCAAGAUAACACGGCAAUUUAUCUCUUUCAAAUUGCUCGCGCGAGAGAAAGUUCUCAAUACCAGAACCGCGAAUCCUUUUUGCUUGGUAUUGAAAAGGCACCAGGCUUUAAUUUUCCGCAAAAUAACUAUUACAAAACC